UCAGGUAGUCAUUGUAAUCACAUUUCUCUUAAUGUGCCAUAUAGGUUUAUCAACAUGGUCACUUUGGGAAAGUGCCUUACAUGCUCAAGACUACAGUUAGCUGUGAUGUUUGUGGUAACAGUUUAUCUGAAUACAGGUGAGUUAUCAAGUAAUGAAACGUUUCCUAACCUAGUCGCCCUAUGACAUCCACUAUUUUGGGCCCUUCUAAGCCCAGACUGCACCAGACAAAAGUCCACUUUUAAACUGAUUCAUUUCAAGGUUCAUUUCCAUUUAUCUUUGUCAGGGGAUGUAAAAUGUGCCUGUGUGACAGCCAUUGAUUAUAUACACAUAUUUACACAAGGUUUAUGUCGCUCGAUGUAGCCGGGUGGAACCCAGGAAGUGUCCCAAGCCAGGUCAUAACAACGUCAGUCUCUGUUGCACCCAUUAGCUGGUGUCUGUCCUACAGUCGUGGUCAAAAGUUUUGAGAAUGACACAAAUAUUGGUCUUCACAAAGUUCGCUGCUUCAGUGUUAUGAGAGAUUUUUGUCAGAUGUUACUAUGGUAUACUGAAGUAUAAUUACAAGCAUUCCAUAAGUGUCAAAGGCUUUUAUUGACAAUUACAUUAAGUUUAUGCAAAGAGUCAAUAUUUGCAGUGUUGACCCUUCUUUUUCAAGACCUCUGCAAUCUGCCCUGGCAUGCUGUCAAUUAACUUCUGUGCCACAUCCUGACUGAUGGCAGCCCAUUCUUGCAUAAUCAAUGCUUGGAGUAACUCCGAAUUUGUGGGUUUUUGUUUGUCCACCCGCCUCUUGAGGAUCGACCACAAGUUCUCAAUGGGAUUAAGGUCUGGGGAGUUUCCUGGCCAUGGACCCAACAUUUCGAUGUUUUGUUCCCCGAGCCACUUAGUUAUCACUUUUGCCUUAUGGCAAGGUGCUCCAUCAUGCUGGAAAAGGCAUUGGUCGUCACCAAACUGUUCUUGGAUGGUUGGGAGAAGUUGCUCUCGAAGGAUGUGUUGGUACCAUUCUUUAUUCAUGGCUGUUGUCUUAGGCAAAAUUGUGAGUGAGCCCACUCUCUUGGCUGAGAAGCAACCCCACACAUGAAUGGUCUCAGGAUGCUUUACUGUUGGCAUGACACAGGACUGAUGGUAGCGCUCAUUUUGUCUUCUCCAGACAAGGUGUUUUCCGGAUGCCCCAAACAAUCGGAAAGGGUUCAUCAGAGAAAAUGACUUUACCCCAGUCCUCAGCAGUCCAAUCCCUGUACCUUUUGCAGAAUAUCAGUCUGUCCCUGAUGUUUUUCCUGGAGAGAAGUGGCUUCUUUGCUGCCCUUCUUGACACCAGGCCAUCCUCCAAAAGUCUUCGCCUCACUGUGCGUGCAGAUGCACUCACACCUGCCUGCUACCAUUCCUGAACAAGCUCUGCACUGGUGGUGCUCCGAUCCCGCAGCUGAAUCAACUUUAGUAGACGGUCCUGGUGCUUGCUGGACUUUCUUGGGCACCCUGACGCCACCUUCACAACAAUUGAACCUCUCUCCUUGAAGUUCUUGAUGAUCCGAUAAAUUGUUGGUUUAGGUGCAAUCUUACUAGCAGCAAUAUCCUUGCCUGUGAAGCACUUUUUGUGCAAAGCAAUGAUGACGGCACGUGUUUCCUUGCAGGUAACCAUGGUUAACAGAGGAAGAACAAUGAUUUCAAGCACCACCCUCCUUUUAAAGCUUCCAGUCUGUUAUUCUGACUCAAUCAGCAUGACAGAGUGAUCUCUAGCCUUGUCCUCGUCAACACUCUCACCUGUGUUAACGAGAGAAUCACUAACAUGAUGGCAGCUGGUCCUUUUGUGGCAGGGCUGAAAUACAGUGGAAAUGUUUUCUGGGGGAUUAAGUUCAUUUUCAUGGCAAAGAGGGACUUUGCAAUGAAUUGCAAUUCAUCUGCUCACUCUUCAUGACAUUCUUGAGUAUAUGCAAAUUGCCAUCAUCAAAACUGAGGCAGCAGACUUUGUGAAAAUUAGUAUUUGUGUCAUUCUCAAAACUUUGUCAGUAAUGCAUUUACACUUAUAUGAACUGUGUAACAGAUGUCCAACAAUUGGGGUGUAUUCACAAGGAACCAAACAGAACCAAAUGGAAGCAUGGGAAGGGACCAACCUGAAUUUGUCCAAUAGAAACUAAUUUUCGUUGCAAAUCGCAACUGUUUGCCAUGGUUUGGAAUAGUGAUUACACCCAUUGUGGAGGUGAAACUACAGUACCUUCAGAAAGUAUUCAUACCCCUUGACUUAUUUGACAUUUUGUUGUGUUACAGCCUGAAUUCAACAUUUAUUAAAUAUAUUGUUUUUCUCACCCAUCUACACACAAUACCCCAUAAUGACAAAGUGAAAACAUGUUUUUAGAAAUGUUUGCAUAUUAUAUAUAUAUAUAUAUUGUACCUUUGGCAAUGAUUACAGCUGUGAGUCUUUCUGGGUAAGUCUCUAUAGCUUUUCACAACUGGAUUGUGCAACAUCUUCCCAUUUUAUUAUUUUCAAAAUUCUUCAAGCGCUGUCAAAUUGGUUGUUGAUCAUUGCUAGACAACAAUUUUCAGGUCUUGCCAUAUAUUUUCAAGUAGAUUUAAGUCAAAACUGUAACUCGGCCACUCAGGAACAUUCACUGUCUUCUUGGUAAGCAACUCUGUGUUCCAUUGGAUUUGCCCCAAACAUAACACUUUGUAAUCAGGACAAAAAGUUAAUUGCAUUUUUUGCAGUAUUACUUUAGUGCCUUGUUGCAAAAAAAUGUUAUAUUUAUGUUCUGAAAUAUUUGUAUUCUGUACAGGCUUCCUUCUUUUCACUCUGUCAAUUAGGUUAGUAUUGUGGAGUAGCUACAAUGUUGUUGAUCCAUCCUCAGUUUCUCCUAUCACAGCCAUUAAACUCUACCUGUUUUAAAGUCACCAUUGGCCUCAUGUUGAAAUUCCUGAGUGGUUUGCUUCCUCUCCGGCAACUGAGUUAGGAAGGACGCCUGUAUCUUUGUAGUGACUGGGUGUAUUGAUACACCAUCCAAAGUGUAAUAAUAAUUAAUCAUGCUCAAAGGGAAAUGCAAUGUCUUCUUUUUUAAAUAGGUGCCCUUCUUUGCGAGGCAUUGGAAAACCUCCCUGGUCUUUGUGGUUGAAUCCAUGUUUGAAAUUCACUGCUCGACUGAAGGACCUUAGAGAUAAAUUGUAUGUGUGGGGUAUAGAGAUGGGGUAGUCAUUCAAAAAUAAUGUUAAACACUAUUAUUGCACACAGAGUGAGUCCAUGCAAUUUAUUAUGUGACUUGUUAAGCAAAUUUGUACUCCUGAACUUAUUUAGGCUGCCGUAACAACAGGGUUGAAUACUUAUUGACUCAAGACAUUCCAGGUUUUCAUUUUUAAAUAAUUUGUUUAAAAAAAAUUGAAAAACAUAACACUUUGACAUUAUGGGGUAUUUAUUGUAUGUUGGCCAAAAUCUAAAUGUUAUCCAUUUUAAAUUCAGGCUGUAAGAGUCAAGGGGUGUGAAUAAUUUCUGAAGGCACUGUAUGUUGUUAUGGUCACAGGACGUUGUUAGAACACAUUGCUGCUAAUGCAGGAACUUGCUUGAAUCCCUGUCAUAGGGACUCCAUGUUCUUUGUAAGUUUCAGUCCUGAAUGUGUGUGUUUCUCUGAACCCUAAGAUGUCACAGUGGCUAUGCAGAUAACAUCCACAGGGUCUCAGACCAUUCAGAGAGCCCAGGGGGAGACAGUCAUGCUGGGGUGCACCUACACCCCUGCCCCCUCUGACACAGGAGAACUGGACAUUGAGUGGUUGAAUGUCCAUCCAGACAUGACCCAGAAAGACCAGCUGGUGAGACUACAGAGCAGGAGACAGAGGGGGGGUCUUAUUAUGGAUAACUUAAGGGGAGGGUAAAACAAAUGUUAGUCUGAACAUCCACUCAUACCAUUUCUAUGUCAGACUAGUCUUGGAUAUUUUGUUUAGCUACAGGCGAUCUUAUCCUCAUUGUUGCAGUAGAAAAACCUGUUCUUAACAUUUGUUCUCAAGACUUGUGGUGUUUUUGUCAUUUAACCAAAUCUCUACCUCUCAGGUCAUAUCUUAUACAGGAGGGCAGAAAUUGCAUUACGGGGACCCCAGCUUGUCUAAGAGGAUGGACUUCACAGGAGACCCUGCACUGGGAGAUGCAUCCGUCUCCAUCUCUACAGUGAAAGCCUCAGACACAGCCACCUACCAGUGCAAAGUCAAGAAGGCACCGGGUGUCGACAUGCGAAAAGUCACUCUGGUAGUGAUGGGUGAGGAAUGCCGCCCCUCCCAGACUGGUUUCUGUUUGACCAGUUUCAUCAUUCUACUGUCCUGUGUCCUCUGUUUUUAAACCUGCUUUCUCACUGAAAAGGAAUGUUAACACCCUGGUGCUCCUUUUGUUCUUCUCUAUAUACUUAUUUCCCUGUAGUGGAAAUGCACUUAGAAGGAAUCAGGACAUUUACACAAUGGCCCAUUUUGUAAUUGGUCGCAGAGAUGCAUAUGUUAAGUAAAACAAAGGAAAUGGUAUUCUUCCUCUACACACUCUUUUAUGAAGUUGUUUUCCUGAGACAGUUUUACCUCUUCUCACACACCAGUCCCUCCAUCAGUGCCUAAGUGCUGGGUUGAAGGCGGCGAGGUGAAGGGAGCCGAUGUCUCCCUCCGAUGCAAGUCAUCCGUGGGAUCCAUCCCCCUUAACUAUGUCUGGACCAGAGAGAGUGGAGGGGCCAUCCCGCCCACAGCAACACAAAGUAGGAAACAGGAACUAAAGUCUCUAGAUAAGACAUGACACACACAACCAUAGAUCUACUGUACAUGUUGAUGUACUGAGGUGAGGUGUAGCUGGCAGUGUUUGUCUUUGUUUCAUUUAGACUCUCAGACUGGAGAGCUGAUGAUAAGAAAUCACUCAGAGAGCUACAUGGGAAAUUAUCUGUGUGUGGUGUCGAAUCCUGUGGGCAAAGAGCAGUGUAAAUACACCCUGCACGCAUACAACCGUAAGUUUAAAACAACAAAGAUUUUUAAGCCUGUUAUUUGGGAGAAAGAAAGUGAGGAACAGUGCAUAUGUUUGGACCUAUUCCUUGGAACCUGUCUCUGAAUAUCAUGACUUCCUUUUUAGCUCCCAACAAAGCAGGGAUCAUAGCGGGUGCUGUGAUUGGUGCUCUGCUACUGUUGCUCUUCCUCCUGCUUCUCAUCUGGCUUCUGGUCUGCUGCUGCCACAAGCGUCGCUAUGAGAAGGAGGUUGCCCAUGAAAUCAGGUAUGAAAUAUGACAUUCCAUACAGUCCAAGAAUUACAUGCAGCAGACAAACCGGAAAAUGUGUUUAACUCCUACCGUUCUAUGCCUCUCUUCCAUGGCCUGGCCCUACCCACCAGGGAGGACGCCCCAGCCCCAGAGAGCCGCCCCGCCAGCAGGAACUCCAGCUUCCGCUCUGUCCUAGACUUCCGCUCCAACCCUGGGGCGGUCUACAGCUCCGUGAGAAAAGGCCAGCCCAAGAGGACAGAGUCAGACCGCAGGAGCUUCUACACAGACAGUAGCUUAGGCACGGCCGCCCCCAGCAAGCUGAAAGCCCCUCCUUUACCACCUGUGCUGAAAUGUGACAGCAGUUAUGGCUACCCUGUGUAACAAUGUUUUGGGUUGGGGUAAGGAUGAGCAUGAAACCUCUUAUCACAUUUUUUAAGUGGCAGUUUUAGGACAUUUUGCCAACCUUUAGUAUAAACAGCUAUAUCACAUGCAGGCCCGGCAUUACAGAAUAUGUAUAAUCUCAUUACCCAUGCCACUUCCACCCUGCACUUUGUGCAACAGACUGGGAACUAUUGGUGCAAUAGUGCAACUAUUGGAGAAAUGGUGCAAUGGAUAAUGUUUUAGUCACGUGAAGCUCAAUUGAGGAUUUUGCCAAUGAGAAUGAGUGAGAAAGAGAGAUUAUAUUUGUAUGACAGAUGUGAAUGUUUCUUAUUCUAUGUAUGACAUAUUUUGCCUAAUAGUCAAGUAACCAAAAUGUUUGUCAUCUUUUCUAUAAUUUUACAAUGAAAACAGAUAUUUUACUAAUAAUUUGUUUAUCAAGCACGUGAUUCUGAAUCAGUUGUAUCCUGUAUAUCUAUUUGUGUCACCAAUCGAAAAAGAUAAUGACCCUACCCUCAACACACCAGGCCAAAUUCACGAGGCAACUCAUUUUGACUACGGUAGUGCUGCAGAUUUGAUUUUGAGACUGUUUCGUUGAAAAUUAUUUUCUAUGAUUGUUAAUAUGGAAUGACAUUUUGUGCCAGUCAGAUAUGUGAUUAAGAUAUUGAUUUUGAUAUAAAACUUGUUAACAACAGUAUGAAAUCAGACUGGCCUCAGAAGGCAGACAGUUCAGAGAAUAAAAGCUUGAAGAAA